AAAGAAAUGCUCGAGUCAUAGGUUAACAACACGCUCGUUGGAUUCUCAGUUGAGACUCGUUGAAUGUUGAUCAGUUGUACCGGUGUUUUGCCAGAGUCGUGCACGUUUUAGAAUCAGCUCGUACUUUUUGUUCAGUCAUGGCUGCUGUGCGCAAAAUUAUCCAAUCGGCUGCCGCCCCAAAACCCGUCGGACCUUACAACCAAGCAGUCCUAAGUGGGAACACUUUGUACAUCUCCGGAGUGUUGGGACUUAACCCUUCGUCAGGAAAACUCGUCGCAGGGGGAGCCAAAGAGCAAGCUACACAGAUUUUCAAAAAUAUGUCCGAAAUCUUGAAGGAAGCUGGCGGUGACUUUAAAAAUGUUGUCAAAACAACUAUUUUACUGGCAGAUAUGGGUGAUUUCUCCACCAUUAAUGCAGUUUACUCGGAAAGAAGCUCAAGUGGAAAUCGAGGCCAUUGCUCACAUCUAGAUUAUGAACGACUCUAAAAAAAUGCAGCUGUUUCAUUUGGGGCUUAUGGAGCGGACCUCUCUCUACAUAACAUACACCAUAAUGCCAAGGUCCCAUUAGUCUGAACUAUUGUUUUUGCUUCCAUUUGUUUGGACAAGCCUUAUCAUAUAUAUAGGCAUAAGUUAAUUUAAUCCUUAAUUGUCAAAAUUUCAAGGUGUAUAGCUCAAGCAUGGCUGUAAGUUUGUCCGUGAACCUUAUCCCUUUUUUUCCUCUGUGAUAAUUAAGAUAAGUUAAUUUUAAGAUUUGCGCUUCCUAAUGUAGAACAUCUUUCUCAGAUUAAGUAAAGCACUUUUUCCGGUCGUGAAGUUUAAAAUGUGUCAAAUAAAAAAUAAAAAAACCCUAAAAUA